CCGCCUAUCACCCCUUCUCGACACUCUUUUUGCCUCUUUCUUCAUUUCUGGUGCUGGAGGGUCACUGAGGGGUCUUUCAAUUGCUGCACCAUGGUCAAGGAUAAAGACGGCGACACGGUCGCAACUUUCAAUGGAAAAUGGAUCUCGUAUGGGCACACCGCUAUGGCCUACGCCGCCUUUCUCGGAGCCCUCAUAGUCGGAAUCUCGCUACACUACCACAAGAUUGUGCAGAAUGAAUUCUACGGUUUCCCAGAGGAGUGGUUCCCUUCCGUAUCCGCGACCAUUGGCGACCGCUAUCCGGAGCGUUCCGUCUUCAUGCUGUUCAUUGCUCUUACGUCUGGUCCCCGGUUCGCACUCGUCGGCCUCUGGUAUGUCUUGACUCGCCGUCCAAACUCGUCCCUCCCCAAGUUCAUUGCUGGUGUGGGCAUCUUCCGAACAUUGACCUGCGGAGGAUGGACAUAUGUGACCUCUACCGAUGACCAUGACUGGCACGACAUCUUCAUGAUCUCGUACCUGGUUGCAACACUGCCAUGGACUAUUGGCUGUAUCGCCCUGAGCCCUACCAAUGCCACUGCACUCAAAUACCGAAAGGCUUUUGCUGGGAGUUUCUUUGCCACGCUUGUGCCAUUAAUCUACUUUUUCAUUCAGCACAAAGUUCACCAUGUUGCCGGAGCGUACACCAUCUAUUCUUUCUUCGAAUGGUCUCUGGUCUUGCUCGACGUAGCCUUUGAUGCCGUCACAGUGAUCGAGUUUCAGCACUUCGAAAUUGUAAUCAAGGAUGUACGAGGUCUAUCUCGCGCUACGGGUUCCAAGUCAGUCUCCGAUGCCGUUCAAGAGAAAAACAAGGAGCUUGGAGCAACCUUUUCCGGCGCAUUCUCUUGGUUUGGACUCAUCUUUACCGCGGCCGAUGUGUACAGUGGAUUCGUCUUCUGGUCCAUGUUGACAUCGCUCGGUGUUUGCGUCUGGUACUUUCCCCUCUGGCACAUGGGCAUCUCUGGUUAUGAAGCCCUAGUCAUGUGCACAGUUUCUCCGUUUUUCCUCGGUAUCAAGCCCAUCCGCUACAUUGCCACGCGCUACGUGUGGUUCUUCCAUCUGCUUUCGCUUUCCGGACUCCUGGCUUUCCUUGCAAAGACGCCCGUCAACCGACUCUUUGCCGUUGCCUUUGGUCUGUCCAUGUCAUGCCUUGCAUGGUCAGCCACCUUUCUCGGAGAGCGGUCGCAGCCGCACCGUCUCGAAGGCCGCAUUACUGCAUUCGCCAUUGGCCUGAUAGCCUCUAGCAUCGCAAAGUACGCCUUCUGGACAAACAACCCCAUCUGGCCAAUCAUGCACGAGGCCAACGGUGGAUGGAACAAGACCGGUUUCGUGGUAGCUCUCAUUUCUAUUCUGAUAUCCAUGAGGUCGACCGCAAGCCGUGGUGCUGAUGUCCCGGCUCAGGGCCCUACAAAAGGAUACUCAGUCUUUGCCAGUUUCGGUCUUGCUGGCGUUCUCUUCUCCAUGCACUCUUUACUGUCCGACUCGAGCACCAUGAUCUCCUGGGUAUGGGAAGGAUACCCCGUCCGUGGACCCCUUGCCGUUCCUCACGGCACCCUCACUCAUUUUGCUAUGGGUAUCGGUCUUAUGGUUGGUCUGUUUGCGCCGAACCUAUCGCGCUCAUGGGCCUUUUAUGGUGUUGGCUCCAUCGGUGCUGCUAUACUGACCACCACUGGCCACUGGACUGGAUUCUACGGCGCCCUUGCACUGACUGUGUAUACUAUGGCAGCAGCACCGAUUCUCAUUGAACAUGCCGCUCGCCACGCACCGGGCCGCACAUUUGGCCUCGCUUUCCUGGUUUACAACUUUAUGGUGCUCUUCCACGUCUGGGUCGUAGCAUACGCCUUUGUCCCGGGAGGACCUCUGGUUCGUGAACACACAGACUGGGUCAUGACAGCCAUGAUGGUCCAGAUUGGUGCGGGUGUCUUUAGUGUCUCUACCCAGCCACCGGCGCUUAAGAGCUACAAGGGCAAGGCUGUCGUUACUGCUGCCGCCAGCCGCCAGCGCUCGUACUACCUCUACGUCCUUGGAGCUCUGGAGAUCCUUUCCAUUGCGAUCGCAUACCUGCGUUUCCCAUCGUAUGACUACAAGCCGUACCACCCAGAAACCAAAUCCAUCACGGCAGGUAUCUGGACGAUCCAUUUCUCUUUGGACAAUGACAUGUGGUCCUCCGAGUACCGCAUGCGUGACCUGAUCAAAGAGCUAGAGAUUGACGUUAUUGGACUCCUCGAGAGCGACCUGCAGCGCAUCAUUAUGGGCAACCGCGAUACGACACAGUUCCUUGCCGAGGACCUAGGCAUGUACGUCGACUUUGGGCCCGGCCCCAACAAGCACACAUGGGGCUCAGCUCUGCUGUCCAAGUUCCCCAUUGUAAACAGCACACACCACCUUCUGCCGUCGCCGGUAGGCGAACUCGCGCCCGCCAUCGAAGCCACCAUCGACGCCUACGGCGAGAUGAUUGACAUUUUCGUCUUCCACUCGGGCCAGGAAGAAGACCCAGAGGACCGCCGCCUACAGUCUGAGUACCUCGCUGAGCGCAUGAAGGCGACGCCCCGCCCGGCCAUCUUGCUGUCGUACCUUGUCAUUAAGCCCGGCGAGGGCAACUACAAUACCUAUGUCGGUGAGAAGAGCGGCAUGCAUGAUAUCGAUCCUAGCGACUGGGAUAGAUGGUGCGAGUACAUUCUCUACAAGGGCAUUAGGAGAUCGGGUUAUGCUCGUGUUUCCAGACAUACGAUUACCGAUACCGAAUUGCAGGUCGGCAAGUUCGUCGUCGGCGAGCCCGAAAACACGAGCAACCAGCUAGUCCAUGAGUCGCAGGUCCCCGACGGUCUGAGGUUCCCGGCGCUCUUCAGGGGCGAGGGCGUCAGAGGCCAUAGGUACCAUGUUUUCGAUGAGCCGAGGUAUUUUGAGUAAUUUUCUGGGCGCGAUGGAGGUCAAGGCAUGGGUGGGUGUAUUGCAUGCGUGUGAGUGAUUGGGGAUAUGAUGG